UCUCACCAUAGACUGCAGGCAUCCCACAACGCACAGAAUACAGAACCAGGCGGAGACUACAGGGCUCUACCUUCACUACGGACGUUCCUCUUUGGGAUUUCGUGUGGCACAUUUUACCCUUUUAUUUGAAGUACCGUGUCAUUGAACGUUACAAUUAUGAAGGAAAGGAGAAAUACGCAGCCGUUAGUCGUGAGAUGUAAACUGGUGCUUGUUGGGGAUGUUCAAUGCGGAAAAACUGCGAUGUUGCAAGUCCUCGCAAAGGAUUGUUAUCCCGAGACCUACGUACCCACGGUGUUCGAGAACUACACAGCGUGUCUGGAACUGGAAGAACAGCGCGUGGAGCUCAGUCUGUGGGACACGUCAGGUUCUCCCUACUACGACAACGUGAGGCCUCUGUGUUAUAGCGACUCCGACGCUGUGCUCCUCUGUUUCGAUAUCAGCCGCCCGGACACCUUCGACUGCGGACUUAAGAAGUGGAAGACAGAGAUUCUUGAUUUCUGCCCCAGCACACGCAUACUCCUCAUUGGCUGUAAGACCGACCUGCGCACAGAUGUCUGCACUCUAAUGGAGCUGUCGAAUGUGAAACAGGUCCCCAUCACCUAUGAGCAGGGUUCCUCUAUGGCCAAGCAGCUGGGGGCCGGAGCCUACCUGGAGUGCUCAGCCUUCACCUCAGAGAAGAGCAUCCACAGCGUGUUCCGCACGGCCGCCCUGGCCUGCAUCAACAACCUGCAGCCCACCACCAAGCCCAGCCCAGCCCGGCGCCUCUCCAAGAGACUCCUCCACCUCCCCAGCCGCUCUGAGCUGCUGUCCUCCACCUUCAAGAAGGAGAAGACCAAGAGCUGCUCCGUCAUGUGAGUGGAGACGUGGGGCGGGUUGCGGGGGGGUCGAUGCUCCCCCCUCCCACACGCUGCACCGAUUGUCCCCCGACCAGUUGGCUCGGGGAAGGGGGGGAGGGUUUCAUCGAGAGAAGGCUGUUCUUCCAUGUUGAAUCCUUCCUCACCCCCCCUCAAAGGGAAAUCAACUCAGAACAGGUGGACACCUCGCUGUCCACGUUGUCCUGAUCUAUUCUCCAGUGCAUAUCUCAUAUUUCCCACUACAGUAUCUUGGCAUUUUGAUCAUCAGCAAAUCAUUUAUUUUUCUGUCGCAGCGAGGAUGCGCAACCCCAGUGGUGUGACGUCACUGCUCCUCAGGCACAUGUUGAUUUAUCCAAAUUGGAAAAAAAUGUGCGACGGAUGACAAUGUAGUAUCUUCAGAUGUAAAAAGGCCUAAAAAAGACGAUUCCUAUUUUUACACAAAAUCUAACAUGAUUAUACACCAGAUGUUAGUAAAUACCAUAUCCCUGCCAAACAGCAGAGUGGACUUUAAAGUGUAGCCAUGUGACCAAAUCGAUUACCAAAUAGGUGUUUGUGCUCUUCUUGAUUUAAGCCCAGUAGGGGCUGACUGAUGGAGGCAGAAGUGUUUCAUUUGACCACAGAGAGAAUAGAGGUCCGUAACGCUUCAUUGUCUCAGCCGUGAGGGAAGGAGAUCUAGACACAUAGGGGCUGAUUAAGUGGAAAGAGACGCGAACGGGCAGACAGAAAGACAAACAGGCAGGCAAGCAGACAGGCAGAAAGAGGUCUACAUUUUGAAGUGCGAGCCAGGUUCCUCACUGGAACACCAGACUGAAGAGACAAAGAUUGAAACUGAUAGAGCUGACAUUUGGGAUAAAGGUAGAAAAGGAAAGCAUAAAAAAAAUGGAAAUGAACUGGAGCAGCCAGACUGGGGCCAUAGACAUGAGAACAUGGAUUUCCAGUGCUCUCCCACCAUUAGAGUGAGGAGGACCGUUGGAUGAUGAGUGCUUCAAUAAAGAGGACCUGGUUCUAACCAUGGACAGAACACGGUUUAGUAUUCAUUAGUGGAGUUAUGUUGGCACUGUGGGAAAUUCUCCUUUAAAGAGGCAAUCUGCAGUUUGAACAGCCGCAGAGACGCCACCCAGCCACUGAAUUUACUCGCCUGUUUGAAAUUAGAAGAUGCUGUUUAAAACCUGCCAGGGCCAAAUCCACAGGGGAAAUGUGAUUUCCAGUCCACAGCAGGAAGUCUUGUAGCAUUGCGUUAUAGUCUUCUUUUUGAUAAUCAACCAAGAUCAAGCAGUAUGCAGUGUCUAUAAUGGCCUUCUUAACAAGUUCAGCCUGAUUGUUGAAAAUGCAGUUGUUGAUUUAUUUAUGUUUUCAACAGUCGCAUGUAGCACUCCAUAUCAUUUAGUCUCCACUCUUCCGAAUGUUUCUUUUCUUCCCCCACUCACUUGAUUCUCAAAUACACCUACAAAUGAGCAUCACUUGAAUUCCAGCAACAAGAGGUUAGCCGUCUGGUCCCGUGUGUCGCUAAACCACGAUCAUUUUUACCCCCUUAAAACUUUUGGCUUCAUGUGUGUUCCUAACGAAUGGCAUCGACCUCUGCUUUCGCCAUCAAGCAAUAACCAUUCAAGUGACAGUGAAGUCGACGGAUUGACUGCCAAUAACAGUGCAGCUCUGUGAUGAAUAUGUGAUGAUUAAAUAUGUCGUGUUGCUACUCCGUGGACACAGAGCGGUGGGGGAAACAACCGGAGCGGCUGUCUGCGGGUAAAAUCAACAUCCGAUCUGUGUUCAACCCUUUCUUUCUAACCGUUCCGUCCGUAGCCACUGGUAUCUAGGGUGACCAAUAACAUCGUCGCUCUAUCACUAAAAGAGUUUCGCAUUUUUUUCCGUGAUGUUUUGAAUACGCCAGCGAAUCUGUGCUUUCACUUCAGCUGUACAGUAUCGCUGGGAGAUUAGUGAGUAGGUAAUAGGAAGGAAACGAGGAGAGAUCUGGAACACUAGACACCAGCUGCUGUUGGCUUGUGUUUUGUUUUUGGUUAUGUGGUUGUCUCCUAACUUUUAACAACGGAAAGGGCUAGGACAUACGGAAGUACGAAUCUGCAGAGUUAGAAGUCAAAAGAAAAUGCACAGGCCGGCCCUGUCCAAAGAAAGAUAUUUUUCCAUUUCUGAUUUUAUUGUGUUUUUAUUUUGGUAUUGAACUUGAAUUGAAUCCUUGGUUUUGUUUUGGCUCUGUAACUGAGUGAUCGUUAGCUCACUAUUUGAUUGGCUGUGGACAGCCCAUGUGGCAGUAAGUCACACAGUCACCAUGACUACAGGUGGGAUUUGAUUUGCACAAAGGCUCUAGAUCCUUGGUCACACACUGGAAUUCCUCAGCAUUGCCUAGCAACAGUUCAACACGGGACACCAAUUCAGACCCAUGCUAGCUCGUCGGUUCGUUCGUGGCAGAGACGGAUGGAAAUAGGGGGUAUUGUGCGAGGGUGCAUAUCCAUUGUAACUCCAGAUGCUGCUUCGAUUUCAUGGGUCAAGUUCUUGGAAUGACAGUUACGAGUAUUGUUUAUAUGAGUUUCCGCCUUUAGUUCACUUUUAGUUUGCCGUUUCAAGUCCGGCGCUCAUUCAGGUGGAUCAGAUGUUGGACAUGGAAGCAUUCCACAGAUCAUAUCAGUUAAUAUUCAGCCAGCCGUUGUGUAGUACAGUCAGUGUGUGGUACAAUGUUGACCGUCUUACUCCUAGCAUGUCCUAAAAAAAGUUGUUUUAUUGUACAUAUAUUGUUUUAUAAUAUUUGUAAAGACAUCUUUACAGAAUGUCGCAGAAAAUGUCUGUUUGAGAUGAGAUAAAUAUGUUGUUGUUGAUCUAAAUAUUUAUUUGAUAGCUACUGCUAUUUGUUAUGCUUUUUUGGUUGAUGUAUAUUUGUUUGAAAUCUAUUUUGGACAUUUGACUUUCUCCCAAACAUUUUUUUUGGCUCUCUAAAUAAAGCUUGCCUUGUCUGGCACCAUG